AUGCGUCCGAUUCUACUUUCUGGUCACGAGAGGUCUUUGACCCAAGUCAAAUAUAACCGAGAGGGCGAUCUGCUCUUUUCAUGCUCAAAAGAUCACAUCAUCAAUGUCUGGUUCACGCACAAUGGCGAGCGACUUGGAACUUACAAUGGCCAUAACGGUACAGUCUGGUCGGUUGAUGUUGAUUCGAAAUCCGAAUUCAUGGUAUCCGGAUCGGCUGAUAACUCCAUGCGUCUGUGGAAAGUCUCUACUGGAGAAUGUCUAAAGGCUUGGGAGUUUCCUACCGCCGUCAAACGGGUUGCGUGGAGUGAAGACGACAACAAGAUUGCGCUUGUUACCGAGCAAAGAAUGGGUCACCAGGGUGCUGUUCGUGUAUUUGAAAUCAAUCGUGAGGGUGGCCCCCAACCAGACGAGCCUCUGCUGGUCUUCAAUCCGAUCGGCUCAAAAGCUCAAGUCGUGGCAUUCUCUCCUCUUGAUCAACACCUCAUCACCGGGCAUGAGAACGGAAAGGUUGCUCUGUGGGAUGUCAAUACUGGAGAAGAAGUGGCAUCGAAGGAAAAAAACCACAUCGGCCUUAUCACUGAUCUGCAGAUGAGCGCCGAUCGCACUUAUUUUUUAACAAGCUCCAAAGAUAAAAGCGCCCGACUAUACGAUUCACGAACAUUAGAAGUUAUCAAAUCUUAUCAGGAUCCCCAAACACCGUUAAACAGUGCUGCGCUCAUCCCUGGGAAGCCAUAUCUUCUUGUGGGUGGUGGGCAGGAAGCGAUGGCUGUCACGACCACUUCGGCUCGUCAAGGGCACUUCGAGAUUCGGAUGUGGCAUGUAGUCUUUGAGGAAGAGGUCUCACGUAUUAAGGGUGGUUUCGGUCCUUGCAAUUCAAUCGCCGUUCACCCCGAAGGAAAAGGUUACGCUAUCGGUGGUGAGGAUGGCUACAUUAGACUCCAUCACUUUGAUGAUGGUACUUUCCGGGCUAAACCUUACGGUCAUGAGACCGAACCCAAAGAACUGGAUUGA